AUGGGUCCAGCUGCUGUAUCCUCUUCUUCCUACUUACCACAGAAAGAAUUUGAGCAUUACAAUGUUUACAACUACGACGAAGUGCCAGAAAACAAGUCUUGGGCAUCCUCGUUGCCUGUAGCCAAAGGGUUGUACAACCCUGAGUUGGAGAAAGAUGCUUGUGGUGUUGGUUUCACUUGUCACUUGAAAGGUAGCCCCUCCCACAAAAUCGUGUCGGAUGCAAGAAACUUGCUUUGUAAUAUGACACACAGAGGUGGUGAGUUGAACCCCAAGGACGGUGAUGGUGCUGGUUUGUUGAGUUCAAUCCCACACAAAUUUUUGAAAAGAGAAUUCAAAUACCACUGUAAUGUCGACUUGCCAGAAAAGGGUCAAUAUGGUGUUGGUAACUUGUUCUUCAAAAAAGAUGACGCUGUUUUUGAAAAAUCGAAAAAGGCUUUUGAAAACAUUGCCGAGUCCUUAGACUUGAAAGUCUUGGGUUGGAGAAGCGUGCCUCACGAUUCUUCCAUCUUGGGUCCAGCGGCUUUAUCCAGAGAGCCUUAUAUCUUGCAACCAGCAGUUGCCAUGAAGGAAGUCUUGAGUGAGACUUUGCUGGAGGAAGAGUUUUCCGCCAAAUUUCAACAAGAGUUUGAAAAAAGGUUAUUCAUCUUGAGAAAGCAAGCUUCGCACACUAUUGGUUUACACAAUUGGUUCUACAUUUGUUCGCUUUCUUCCAAAACCAUUGUUUACAAGGGUCAAUUGGCACCGAAUCAGGUUUAUGCUUACUAUCACGAUUUGGUUAAUGCUGAUUACGAGUCCCACUUUGCCUUGGUUCAUUCAAGAUUCUCAACAAACACUUUUCCAUCUUGGGACAGGGCUCAACCUUUGAGAUUGGCUGCCCACAAUGGUGAAAUUAACACACUUAGAGGAAACAAGAAUUGGAUGAGAGCAAAAGAAGGUGUGAUGAAGUCAAAGUUGUUUGGGGACGAAAUGGACAAGUUGUUUCCCAUUAUUGAAGAAGGUGGUUCAGACUCUGCUGCAUUUGAUAAUGUUCUUGAAUUGCUUGUUGUUAAUGGCGUUGUUUCCUUGCCAGAAGCUGUCAUGAUGAUGAUCCCUGAAGCAUGGCAGAAUGAUGAGUUCAUUGACCCUAAAAAGAAGGCAUUCUACGAAUGGGCAGCCUGCUUGAUGGAACCAUGGGAUGGACCUGCAUUAUUCACUUUUGCUGAUGACAGAUACUGUGGUGCAAACUUGGACCGUAAUGGUUUGAGACCUUGCAGAUACUAUGUUACCGAUGAUGAUCGUAUGAUUUGUGCUUCAGAAGUUGGUGUAAUUGAGAUUGAGCCAGAAAAGGUUUUGCAAAAAGGUAGAUUACAACCGGGUAGAAUGUUGUUGGUGGAUACUAAAGAAGGAAGAAUUGUUGAUGACAAAGAGUUGAAGAGCAAAGUCUCCUCGAGGUUUGAUUUCAAGAGCUGGGUAUUGGCCAACAUGAUCACCUUAAACGACUUGACCACAAAGAUCAAAUCAAGAGGCAUCAACAUUGAAGGCUCACCAAUGGACACUUCAGUGACAAUUCAAAAAGACCCAAGGUUGGUUGCUUCGGGAUACUCCCACGAGCAAGUCUUGUUUGUGUUGGCUCCAAUGGCUGAGGGUAAUGAAGCUUUGGGCUCUAUGGGUAAUGAUAAUGCUUUGGCUUGUAUCUCCGAGCAACCCAAAUUGUUGUAUGAAUACUUUCGUCAGUUGUUUGCUCAAGUGACCAACCCUCCAAUCGACCCAAUAAGAGAGAAAAUUGUUAUGUCAUUGGAGUGCUACAUUGGUCCGCAAGGAAAUCUCUUGGAAAUGAAACCCGACCAAUUAAACAGGCUUCUUUUAAAGUCUCCAAUCUUGGACAAUUCAGAAUUGCUUGCCAUCAAGAAUAUUGAAAAAGUUUACCCAACUUGGUCUGUUGCCAACAUCGACAUUACUUUUGAAAAGAGUAAAGGUAUUCAAGGAUACACUGACACGAUUGACAAGAUCUGUCAAGAGGCAUCAAAGGCAAUUGCAGAUGGCAACCAAAUCAUUAUUUUGAGUGAUGUUUUAACCGGUGCGGAGAGAUUGCCAAUUUCAGCAUUGAUUGCCGUGGGUGCAGUUCAUCAUCAUCUUGUUAGACAAAAGCAGCGUUCCAAGGUUGCUUUGAUCAUUGAGACUCAAGAAGCUAAAGAGGUUCACCAUUCUUGUUGUUUAGUUGGGUAUGGUGCCGAUGCAAUUAACCCUUACUUGGCCAUGGAAACUUUGGUAAGAAUGAGACAUCAAGGACUCUUGAAAGACACCACUUUAACCGACGAGAAGGUUAUUGGCAACUACAAAAAAUCCAUUGAUGCUGGAAUAUUGAAAGUCAUGUCCAAGAUGGGUAUUUCCACUUUGGCAUCGUACAAGGGUGCACAAAUCUUUGAAGCUCUUGGUGUCGAUAACUCAGUCAUUGACAGAUGUUUUGCCGGUACAGCUUCAAGAAUUAAAGGUGUUACAUUUGAGUACAUUGCACAAGACGCGUUCACUUUGCAUGAGAGAGGUUACCCUUCGAGAGAUACUGUGAAGCCUAUUGGGUUGCCUGAGACUGGUGAAUACCAUUGGAGAGAUGGUGGUGAUGCACAUAUCAACGACCCAGCAGCAAUUGCCUCUUUGCAAGACGCUGUUCGUAACAAGAAUGAAAAAGCAUUUGACGCAUAUUGUAAAAAGGAGAAUGAAGCUGUUCGAAACUGUACUUUGAGAGGUCUUUUGGACUUUGAUUUCGAAUCAUCGACACCAGUGCCAAUUGACCAGGUUGAACCAUGGACCGAAAUUGUUCGUCGUUUUUUUACCGGUGCUAUGUCUUAUGGGUCUAUUUCAAUGGAGUCACACUCGACUUUGGCGGUGGCAAUGAAUAGAUUGGGAGGUAAAUCCAAUACCGGUGAAGGUGGUGAAGAUGCUGCGAGAUCACAGGUUAGUGAAAAUGGUGAUACCAUGAGGUCUGCCAUUAAGCAAGUUGCUUCUGGUAGAUUUGGUGUUACAUCAUACUACUUGGCUGAUGCCGAUGAGUUACAAAUCAAGAUGGCUCAAGGUGCAAAACCGGGUGAAGGUGGUGAGCUUCCGGGACACAAAGUUUCCGCUGAAAUUGGAAAGACAAGACACUCGACCCCUGGUGUUGGUUUGAUCUCGCCACCUCCACAUCAUGAUAUUUACUCGAUUGAAGAUUUGAAACAACUCUUGUACGAUUUGAAAUGUUCAAAUCCUAGAGCCAGAACUUCAGUGAAGUUGGUUUCGGAGGUUGGUGUGGGUAUUGUUGCCGCUGGUGUUGCCAAGGCAGGUUCGGAGAACAUUCUUGUUUCGGGUGGUGAUGGUGGUACUGGUGCAGCAAAAUUGACAUCCAUUAAAUAUGCUGGUUUGCCAUGGGAAUUAGGAUUGGCUGAAUCCCACCAAACAUUGGUUCUUAACGAUUUGAGAGGAAGAGUUGUUUUGCAGACUGAUGGUCAAUUGAGGACAGGUAGAGAUAUUGCAAUUGCUUGUUUGUUGGGUGCCGAAGAAUGGGGAUUUGCCACAACACCUUUAAUUGCAAUGGGUUGUAUUUACAUGAGAAAAUGUCACACUGGUGCAUGUCCAGUUGGUAUUGCCACCCAGGAUCCUGAGUUGAGAAAGAAAUUUGAAGGUACACCAGAGCACGUUAUUAACUUUUUCUAUUAUAUGGCUAAUGACUUGAGACAAUUUAUGGCCAAGUUGGGUUUCAGAACCAUUGCUGAGAUGGUGGGUCGUGCUGAAAAAUUGAAGGUGAGAGAGGAUUCGCGCAACAUCAAGAAUGCCAACCUUGACUUGUCUCCAAUUCUUACUCCAGCACACACCAUUAGACCUGGUGUCGCUACUCAUUGUGUUAGAAAGCAAGACCACAGAUUGCAUGUUAGGGUUGAUAACAAGUUGAUUGAUGAGUCAGAGAUGACCUUGGCAAAAGGUCUUCCAGUUACCAUUGAUUGUGAUGUUGUCAAUACUGAUCGUUCCUUGGGAACAACUCUUUCCUACAGAGUCUCUAAAAUCUUUGGGGAACAGGGCUUGCCGCAUGAUACUAUCCAUGUCAAUGUUACUGGUUCAGCGGGACAGUCGUUUGGUGCAUUCUUGGCGUCUGGUGUAACUUUGGAAUUGGAAGGUGAUGCUAAUGAUUAUAUUGGUAAAGGUUUAUCUGGAGGUAGGAUUAUUGCUUACCCACCAAAGGAAUCCAAAUUCAAAGCUGAAGAUCAAAUAAUUGCUGGUAACACUGCAUUUUUUGGUGCGACAUCUGGAACUGCAUUUAUUAGAGGUAUUGCUGCAGAGCGUUUUGCAGUUAGAAACUCUGGUGCCAUUAUUGUCGCUGAAGGUACUGGUGAUCAUGGUUGUGAAUAUAUGUCUGGUGGUAGAGUCGUUAUCUUGGGCUCUACUGGAAGGAACUUUGCUUCAGGAAUGUGUGGUGGUAUUGCGUAUGUCUUGGACAUGGCGCAAGAUUUCUCCGAUAAGGUCAAUAAGGCAAACGUUGAAUUGUCACAGGUUACUGAAACCCAAGAGAUUGCAUUCUUGAGAAACUUGAUUGAAGACCAUCGUCAUUACACGGGUUCGGAAGUGGCUGAUCGUGUUUUGAAUGAAUUUAGCAGAUACUUACCAAGAUUUGUUAAAGUCUUGCCAUUUGACUAUAAAAAGGUUUUGGAGAAGGAAAAACAAGCUGCAGAAGAAGCCAAGAAGAAAGAGUUGAGUACUUUCUUGAAAUCAAUCAAAGAGGAUCCCGAGUCCGAUGUCACCAAUGGUGAAGCCUACAAGAUCAAGCAUGGUCAUGUUCAUCGCGCUCACCGUAAUGAAAAGGAACCAAAAGUUGCUGAUGUUGAGGAUACAAUCUUUGACAAUGAUUUGGAGAAGAAGGCGCCAGCUAAAUUGGACAAAGUGAGAGGUUUUAUGAAGUAUAAGCGUAGGAAUGAGAAAUACAGAGAUUCCAAGGAAAGGACAAAAGAUUGGAAAGAGAUGACUUCGAGAUUGACAAAGGAUGAGUUGCAUUACGAAACAGCUAGAUGUAUGGAUUGUGGUGUUCCAUUCUGUACUUCUGAUACGGGAUGUCCUAUUUCCAAUGUUAUUCCAAAAUGGAACGAGUUGGUGUUUUACAAUAAAUGGUGGGAUGCGUUGCAAAGAUUGUUGAUGACCAACAAUUUCCCUGAAUUUACUGGUAGAAUCUGUCCUGCACCAUGUCAAGGAGCUUGUGUUUUGGGUAUAAAUGAGGAUCCAGUCAAUAUCAAGUCUGUUGAGUGUGCAAUUAUUGACCAUGGUUUCGAGAAAGGUUGGAUUAAGCCAACACCUCCCGAGCAUAGAACCGAAAGAAGCGUUGCUGUUAUCGGCUCUGGUCCAGCUGGAUUGGCUUGUGCAGACCAGUUGAACAAAGCUGGACACUCUGUUACUGUUUACGAGAGAAGCGAUAGGCCAGGUGGGUUGUUGAUGUAUGGUAUUCCCAACAUGAAGUUGGACAAGGGAGUAGUCAAGAGGAGGACCGAUUUGUUGGCUGCAGAAGGCAUUGAAUUUGUUUGCAAUACCACUGUUGGUGAGGAUAUUACUGUUGAAGAAUUGCAAGCUAAAUAUGAUGCCGUUGUAUUUGCUGUUGGUUCCACCAUUCCAAGAGAUUUGAAGAUUCCCGGUAGAGAGUUGCAGAACAUCAACUUUGCCAUGCAAUUGUUGCACAAGAACACCAAGGCUCUUUUGGAAGAUCAAUUGGCAGACAUUCGUCAACAACUUGAAGGUAAACACGUUGUUGUUAUUGGUGGAGGUGACACUGGUAAUGAUUGUUUGGGUACUUCGACUCGUCAUGGAGCCAAAUCGGUGACCAAUUUCGAGUUGUUGCCACAACCACCUGCCACGAGACCCAAGGAUAAUCCAUGGCCGCAAUGGCCAAGGAUCUUUAGAGUUGAUUACGGUCACACUGAAGUCACCACUCAUUACGGCAAAGACCCUAGGGAAUACUCGAUUUUGUCCAAGGAGUUUGUCGGUGAUGACGAAGGUAAAGUUAAAGGUAUCAAAACAGUUAGAGUUGAGUGGAAGCGUUCCGACCUGGGUGCAUGGCAAAUGGCGGAGGUGCCAGGCAGUGAGGAGUUUUUCCCUGCAGAUGUUGUUUUGUUAUCAAUGGGUUUCAUUGGUCCGGAUGCCGAUAACUUGAGCGUUGCUAAAACCAAGAGAGGAACAAUUAAUACAGUUAAUCCUAAUGUCUACAAGGUGGAUGAAAAUUCCAACUUGUUUGCUGCGGGAGAUUGUAGAAGAGGACAGUCUUUAGUGGUUUGGGGUAUUCAAGAAGGUAGACAAUGUGCAAGAGAAGUUGAUGAGUUUUUGAUGGGAACCACUAGAUUGCCAGGAAACGGAUCUGUUGAGCAAAGAAAUUAUAAAUUAUUAGAGGAGUUUGCUGAAAAGGUUUAG